CCAGCCGGGGAGACGGCGCUCCUGGCGGCACCUGCGCCCCGCGGGCGGCCGGCCCGGCCCUGCCCUGCCCCUGCCCGUGGCUCUGGCCCCGCAUCGCAGGCUCCAGGGGGCACCAUGGCUUCUGCGGAGCCGCUCACGGCGCUGUCCCGCUGGUACCUGUACGCCAUCCACGGCUACUUCUGCGAGGUGAUGUUCACGGCCGCCUGGGAGUUCGUGGUGAACUUUAACUGGAAGUUCCCGGGCGUCACGAGCGUGUGGGCCCUCUUCAUCUACGGCACCUCCAUCCUCAUCGUGGAGCGCAUGUACCUGCGCCUGCGGCGCCGCUGCCCGCUGCUGCUGCGCUGCCUCAUCUACACGCUCUGGACCUACCUGUGGGAGUUCACCACGGGCUUCAUCCUGCGCCAGUUCAACGCCUGCCCCUGGGACUACUCCCAGUUCGACUUUGACUUCAUGGGCCUCAUCACCCUGGAGUACGCCGUGCCCUGGUUCUGUGGGGCCCUCAUCAUGGAGCAGUUCAUCAUCCGGAACACCCUCCGCCUCCGCUUUGACAAGGAUGCCGAGCCUGGGGAGCCCGGGGGGCCGCCAGCCCUGGCCAACGGCCACGUCAAGACUGACUGACUGUCCGGGAACAAGUGGGAGGGCUUGGGGGAGGUCUCUUAGGGAACCCAAGGACAAAGAGACCCAGCUGUCAGGGUUACCCCUUCUGUUUAGCACAAGCCCCUCCCGGAGCUGGGCCUUUAGCUCGUAGGGCACACACAGCCCCAUACCCUCCAGGGUGGGAUGGUGUUAGGAGGUGGGGUGUCUAGACAACAGAAGGACAUUGGUAAGGUACAUGGAUCUUGGCCCCAGUCCAGGGGCUGGUGGCAGGAGGCUUCUGGCUGGGCAACAGUUGGACUACACGGUUGGCUUUUUUGGAAGAAGCAGGAUCUAUCCUGGCUAAGGGUCAUUGAGAAUGGGGCAGCAGGUGGGAGGCAAGCUCUGAGGAGGCUUUGGGCUACUGCUGCGGUCACCUUCCUCCCACUUGCCUGGAUUUAUUUGGGCUUUGGCUGGUUCCAUUAGGCAAUAUUCAGGUGCUUGCUUGCAACCAAUACCUCCCUGGGGGCCUGCUGAGCUGCAGCCUAAGAGAGACUGAGCAGCCAGGAGGCUGCUUGUCUACCAUGCUAGUCUGCAAGGGCUGGGAAACCUUUCCCUGGCUCCUCUCCCCUCCCCCAGGGUCCUGCUCUGCUCCCUUGGCCUUCUGGGGGCCCCCGUGGUGCUGGAUUCCCACCAACCUUGGGCUUUGGGAGGUUUCAAUCCCUGUGUGUUCGGUGGUGUUUCCCCUUUUCUUUCUUUCUUUCUUUCUUUUUUUUAAAAGCCUUUAUCACUAGUACCCCUUUUAUCCAUGUCAGCCACCUGCCCCAUUCCCAACUUCCUAACCAACACAGCAGUGGCCAGAGGUAGAACCCUGACAUAGACUUCACCUGCCUUCUCCGGGUCUUGCAUCCACUGCUCUCACUGGCCUGAUGACUGGGGAGGCCCAGUCACCAGUUCUGCCUCCCUGGCUAUUGUCUGAUGAGCAGUGUCCCCCUCCCUGCAGGCGCCCUGCUGAAAAUGAAUUGUGUCCCCCAGAAUACAGUUGAGCCCAGAGGGGCCUUGUGUAUCCACAUUGGAACCUAGAGGCAAAUUAGCUGAAUGGGGAGUGGUGGAGGCUGAGCUCUAGGUCCUUUCUGCUGUCACUGGCUUAUGUUCUAGGCAGUCUAGCUUUCUGGGGGGGGGCGGACGAGCAGGUAUCCCGUGUUGGAGACCCAUGGAGAAUGAGGAAGGAAAAAAGGACUGUGGAAGGCYCUCUGGAGCCUCUUUCAUGGGUCAGGACUAGUUCUGGUUCUACUGUGGCCCCAGCUCUGCAGCUAAACCUCAGGGCUGCCCCCGCCUCCAGCAAGGCUGACCCUUUGAACUUGCUCCUCACAGUGAUAACCCUGCCAUGCUCGCGGGCAUCGUCAUCUUGAUUCUCUCUCUUUUCCCCUGCAGCAGGUUCAUUGCUGGCAGUGGACGGGUGAAAUCCUCACUCCAGGCCUCUCUGACUCUGUCUGCCUACACUCUGAGGAGAGGGGUCCAUCAAAAACCAAACCAUUCCAUGGGACAUGGUUUCAUCUUGACCACUAGGACCGAAGUAGAAAUUAUCCUUCCCCUUCUUACAGACCAUUAAAAAGUGGCUACCACCUGGGGAGAGAAAUUCCUCUUGGUGGCUGUUCCCCUGGACUGUGCAGACAGCAGGGGUGUCCUGGGCUGGGAGAUAGUCUGGUAGCCUUUGUCUGAGUUUGUCCCGUCCAGGGCAGGAUGUAAGGUGUUUCCAUGUCUGUUUCCUGUGCCGGCUCCUCAAAUUGAGAACUGCAUCCUGUGGGUGAUGGUCCUAUUAUUGUGGCCCUAAUUCUAGGAUUUUGGGGGUUACAGGGAGUCAGACUUCCAGUGGGGGUGUAUUGCUGUCCAUAUACAGAUGGUCCCUUAUUGCCGGACACUCAUUUCCUUGGUCCCCCCAAUUCUGUGGUGUCUCAUUCUCCUGCACCCUAAAGACCCUCCAGCCACCACCUUUACAUUCCCCCUUGUACAACUGAAUUCAGUGGCCAGAGACCUCAGGGUCUCCCAGCACAAGCCCUCCCUACUUGUCAGCUAGAGCAAGCCCUUAGAUGGCCUGCCARGUCUCACCACUCCAUAUGUUGCCUUGUGGGCAUUCCCUGGUCCCAUUUUCUCUCCUGGUCCUAUAAAUAUCAAAUGCAGGAGUUCCCGGAGUGAGCAUGCAUCCCUGGCACCAUUCUGCAUUGUGGGCCUAGGUGUCCCAUUGCUCCUAUGUCCUCUUAUAGGGUACCGAGCCCCCAAGAAGAGAAGGCUACAACCCUCAGCCUGACCACAGAAUCUGCAAAGUUCAGAUCUCACCAGGAAUAGUAGAAGAACCAUUGCUUUUUGGGGGGGCAGGUAUCUUCAGGUGUACAAUCCUUUAGUGCUCAGGGCCUUAAAGUUUGGGGUAAUCCUAGCCCUGCCAAGCAGCGAGGGUGCUGGUGGAGAGAGUCUGCUUGCUCUUUAGGAACCUUUGGUGUCCUGGGCCAUUCCAGACUGUGGCACCGUCUCUCAAGUUAGAUUGCAGAUGUGCUGCUUCUCACAGUUGAGCUGCUUUGAAUGUCUGCUAGGUUUCCUGUGCUGUCCUUCCUCAGUGCCAGUGAGUCACAAUGGCCUAUGCUUAUUCAUAGCAAUAAUAUUUAGAGGGUGCCCAUGAAGCCCUUUUGUCCUGGUCCCUCGCUCUGCAUGGGUCUCCUGGUGAGGCAGCUGCUGAGUGGGUCAGCUCGUGUGACAGCCUGUGCUUAGGAAACUCUUCACUGCAGAACACACACCAGGGGAGGCAGGCUGGGGACAGGCCUAGUCCUUUAGCUCUGGCCUUCCCCCCUGAGGCCACCCAGACUCCGAGGAGCUGCAAAAAGGGGCUGUUGAAGUGGUUGAGACUGUCUUCCCAUUGGGCAGCUCCUGAGAAAGUCACAUGACUGGUUUGUGUGCCCAUUGCCUGCUGUGUCUCCGUUGGUCUCUGUCUUUUCCUUUUCAUAUCUAAAAACAAAAUAUACUGGUGUUUGUGUU